CCCAAUUACUUAUAAAAAAAAGUGAGUAGUACAACAUCAAUAAAGUAUAUAAUGACUACAAGGGGAAACAGUCAUCUACACUUCCCCAAAAAGGAGCCUUGGCGCAAUGGUAGCGCGUUGGUUUUCGGCUUUGACUGUCUCUGAUCACCAAAGGUUGUGGGUUCGGUACGUGGCUUUCCUAACGGGAAUCGCUUCUUUCGAUCCAUGUUACUAACGUAAUUUGACGUAGAUCCCCAUGGGCUUCGCUGUCUUCUUUCUCUUUUGCUUUUUUGUUGGUCUCUCCCUCUCUCUUUUUUGCCAUGGACUGUUUGAGUGUGCCUUGAUGCUUCAUAAUCUUCAUGCCUUUUGCGUUUGGCAAUUGCCUUUCUGUGGGUGCUUAUGUUUUGCGGGUAAGCUUGGCUGGAGGCCCCUUUCUUUUAUUUCUCGCCCUCGCAAAAAUGCUGAGUGAGAGGGCUGGCCCUUUGAGUUUCGGCCAUGUGAGACGCAGGGGACAGCAUUGUCUGCGGCGCGCUCGGAUGCCUUGGGGUGCUGGUGAGGUUGCGAAUUUA